UUUAAACAAGUUCAACGAGGGACGCAGGGGAAAGGGGGCGGCGUUCACCAGUCAGUGAAAUUCAUGAAAACCACUGUACGGACAGAAUCAAACACUACAGUUGGCCUACAUCGUCUUGUCCAGGCGCAGUCAAACUCCUCGGAAUUAGAAGAACGUUUUGAACUUUUCGGGUCAUUGAAAAAUUGUCAAAUAAUACUGCGAAUGUAACCGCAACAUUGUCGUGCCACAAGGAGUUCUCAGUAAAGUUUUAGAAACUUUCAGCACUGCGUUCCCGAGGCCGCAGUGCCAUGCCAGAGGGAUCUCUCAACGCCACCUAUGAAGUCCCAAUGGGUGAAGAAUCCCCCCGUUUGUCCACCGCCUCCAUCAGUAGUAAUGAGCGGGCACCCUCCGCCACGCCCUCCGACUGCUCCGACUUCCCCUCCGCUGGCCAGCGCCCCGUGAGCCUGGUCUCCACCUUGUCCUCGGGGUCCGGUUCGUCCCGGGACGACAGCCCCGCUCAGCCUCCACCUGGCAGCACCGUGCCCCCUACCGGAGACGACAUCGACUUGGAGCUGAAUCCUCCGGUUGACGUCGGCGAUCAGGACCGCCAGCACCCCGAUACGGCGGACCCUUCUGGGGAAGGACUGGUCUCUCGUGGCGGGAAGUUCGACCAGCUUAACAACAACAACACUGCCACGCCCUCGCGGGCUGCCAGCACCCGCCACACGCCCCCGUUAUCGCCCUUCGCAGCCAUAACUAUGGCGCCCAACCCCAAGAUCACCUACUUGGACCGGGUGGUCAUGGAGAUCAUCGAGACAGAGCGCAUGUACGUGAGGGAUCUGCGCAGCAUCGUGGAGGACUACCUGGCCCACAUCAUCGACCAGGCAGACCUACCCAUUAGACCAGAACAGGUGUGUGCUCUGUUUGGAAACAUCGAGGACAUCUACGAGUUCAACAGUGAACUGUUGCAGUCCUUAGAUAUGUGUGACAACGACCCUGUUGCCAUCGCUAGGUGCUUCGUCAUGAAGAGAGAGUAUUUUGAGAUCUAUACACAGUACUGUACCAACUAUCCAAAUUCUGUGGCUGCUCUGACAGACUGCAUGAGGAACAAAUCCUUGGCCAAGUUGUUCCGGGAGCGGCAGGCCUCUCUGAAACGCUCCCUUCCCCUGGGCUCCUACCUGCUCAAGCCUGUACAGAGGAUCCUCAAGUACCACCUACUGCUUCAGGAGAUAGCCAAGCACUUUGACCCAGAAGAGGAGGGCUAUGAGGUAGUGGAGGAAGCCAUCUACACCAUGACAGGCGUGGCCUGGUACAUCAACGACAUGAAGAGGAAACACGAGCAUGCCGUUCGACUGCAGGAGGUCCAGUCGUUGCUGAUCAACUGGAAAGGACCGGACCUGACCACGUACGGGGAACUGGUCCUGGAGGGCACCUUCAAGGUCCACCGGGCCAAGAACGAGCGCACACUCUUCCUCUUCGACCGCAUGCUCCUCAUCACCAGGCGUCGAGGAGAGCACUACGUCUUCAAGACCCUCAUCUCGUGUUCCACCCUCAUGCUAAUCGAGAGUGCCAAGGACUCUCUAAGCUUCAGCGUCACUCACUACAAGCACCCCAAGCAGCCCCACACAGUGCAGGCCAAGACUGUGGAAGAGAGAAAACUAUGGGCCCAUCACAUCAAAAGAAUCAUUCUAGAAAACCAUCAAGCCAUCAUCCCUCAGAAGGCAAAGGAGGCCAUCUUAGAAAUGGACUCGAUUUACCCAUCAAAGUUCCGGUACAGUCCAGAGAGAAUGAAAAAGGCCAUGUCCUGCAUAUCAGACGAGUUUCCCAGAGAAGGUCGUCAGGGGCGACGGCAGUCAGAACCGACCAAACAGAUCCUGAAGAACACCAAAGCCGUCCUCAAGCACGCAGACAGCGAAGGGGCCCUACCAGACGACCCGCGCUCCAUUCAGGCAGCCGCUAGUGUCAGCACCCUGGGCUCGAGCCUAGGUGAGUCCGAGGCUGAGAGGCCUAGUGUGGAGGAGGAAGAAGAGGAGGAGGAUAUGGGCCUUAGGAAGAACUCUCUUGAGAGGCUAAGCCCCAGUGACAUUGAGGAGCCGAGGACAGGGUCAGCAUCCCACAAGGGCAGGGCGACUCUGGGGGAGGAAUGUGACUCGGAUGAUAUUCUGAUGGAGGAAGACCAGGUAGAGGACUUUGCCAGUUCCAUGCUGGCCGCCAUCUCCUGCUGGCACUAUAGAGCCAGGGCUUUGCUUUCCAUGGGGGUCACAACGGAUGAAGAGGGAGACGAUGUAAUUGAGGAGAAUGGGUCUUACAAAGAGAAUGGGAUUUCAUCUGGUCCUGUGGUACAGUCAGGGACAGAGCAAAGCACCUGCAUCGUGGAAAAGGCUCCUCAGGACAAGCCGCUGCUCCAGACCAAGACCUCUGCCCCUGAGUCCACUGAAAGGCUUAAGCCAGCUCCCUCGGACCCAGAGAAUGCUUCUGCCACUCCCCCCAAGGUCUGCACCACUCCCCCCAAGGUCUGCACCACUCCCCCCAAGGUCUGCACCACUCCCCCCAAGGUCUGCACCACUCCCCCCAAGGUCUGCACCACUCCCACCAAGGUCUGCACCACUCCCCCCAGGAUGGAGGUACCAGAGACCCAGAGUGACAAGGAGGAUGUGAUGGAGGAACAGACCGGGGCGUCAUCAGCAUCUCAGUCAGAUGACAUAAAAACAUUGAGCAGUGCAGAAUCUUCAGAAGAAGAGGAGGAAGAGGAAGUAGCAGCAGCACAGGAGAGCGGGCCCAGCAGCAUUCUACCUCCCUCCGUACUGAAUCAAGCCAGUGCCAUCGCGGAGCACUUCACCAAUACCGCCAGGCGAGGCAGCACGGAUGAUGCCCGCUCCCUUGGCUGCCCCUCGCCACGCCUUCCCAGCCGGACUGGCAGCACCCUCAGCCUUGGCGGCGAAGCCAAUGAACGCCCCCACUGGCUGAACAGCGCCUGCUUCGAACCAACCCAGGACAACUUUGGCGGAACGGAUCUGACUAUGCUUUCUCCGAGGGAUGACAGCCUCUUUGAGAUCCACAGGAGGAGAGACUCUACCCUAUCCAAGCAGGACCAGUUGCUCAUUGACAAAAUCAAAAGCUACUACGAGACUGCCGAGCACCAGGAUGCCAACUUCAGCCUCAGGCGCAGGGAGAGCCUGACCUACAUCCCUACUGGCCUUGUCAAGAACUCUGUCAGCUGGUUCAACAGUUCGGACGAGAGCCCUGGCGCAGAGAAAAGUGAUACAUCAGCCUUGGCCACUUCCUCUGCACCUCACCCUUCCACUUCUGAACCUGAUUCAUCCAAGGCUCCAAAUGUCUGGGACUGCAUGACCUCCAGUGCAUCAUUUGACUCACUGGAGCUGGAGAGAAGUAAGAAGCCUGAGGUGGUGGGUUCAGAGGCAGAGAGAAAGGACCGGUCUCAGGGUUUACAGGAGAGGCACAUCCAGGACGAGGAGUUCCGACCUUCGUCUGAGAUGAUCAAGGUUUGGCAGGACAUGGAGAAAAAAGGGAGCAGAUCCCAGGGAGAGGCCAGAGGCCCUGUGAAAGACAGCAAGGCUCAACAGAAGACCUCUAGAGUCGCUGGUCCAAUCCUGUGCAGAAGGAGCCAGACUCCAAAGAAGAACUCUGAAUUGGAGCCUGACGAUUCCUUUAUGAUACUGGAGGAAGCUGACCUGAGCACCAUCACUGAAGAGUCCAUGAGCCCUUCGCCCAUCAAGAGCAAGGUGUUUGGGCUUGGCCGUACAGCGAGUGUGAGGGAUCCCCGCAGAUCCAGGGUUGACGAGGGUAGGCUUUCCAGAGCUCCUUUGCCCAGGGUCAUCCAGUUGAGGGCUGAGGAAGGGGAGGAGGCCAGCAAGGAGCCUCAGUCACUGGACGAUGCGGAGAUGGCUAAGAACAAAGUUUUCCAGUUGGCCCGGCAGUACAGCCAGCGUAUCAAGUGCACCACACCAGCUCCUAGGCAGCGAGAUGUCCUGUUUGGAAAGAAGAAUCUGCCCUGUGUGAUCGAAGAGAAGCCAGAGAGCUCAGGUAAACCCAACUUGACGCUGCCCCUGCUCUCGUUUGAUCGUAUGAGCACUCUCCAGGAGUUGAGUCCUAUAGCCAUAUCUCCCAACCCUGCUCACAUGCCUAGCUCUUUGGGCAGUCCCCGGGUCCUUUCACCCGGCCGCAUGUCCGCCAAGAGCCCACUCAAUCCUACGCCUACCGAGGCUUUUAACUGGCCCGACGUGCGGACACUUCGCUGCAAGUAUGCCAGCUCGGACAAAGAUCAGUCCCAGCUGCCACCAGUUAACCGAAGCCGUUCAGUUCCUGAGAGAAUGGACAGCGGCCCCAAAAGGCGCUCAAGCUUCUGCUCCAGCUUAGUCACUGCUUCUGGUACGGUCGAGGCUCCGGCAUACAGACCCCACCUCAGCAGGGACCCUGGGCCUGGAGAGGGGUUGGCUAGGCUCCACAGGGCCGGGUCACUGGACCAGAGGCUGAGUGGGCUGCAUCUGAGUGAGCUGCAGAACCUCCAGGAUGAAGUCCCUAAUGACAGUUACUACAUCUCAGCACAGGCCACCAUGCCCAAUGACCACAGGGUCGUUGUUGUGGAGAAGGUUCCGGAGCCUGAGACAGAAUCCAGCUCUGCAGAACCACUGGAGAUGGUACUCAGGGCAAGGAGAGGAGAGGUGGUAGAGGACAUAGAUAGCUAUGUCCAGAUCCGUUCACCGACCACUAGAGAGAAAAUCUCCAUCAUGGCUGUGAUCGACCGCUGCCGGGCCUAUCAGGAGUCAGAUGAGUAUAGGCAACGGGAGGAGGGCGGGGCUAAGGCAGAGUCAGUGCCCUUGAGUGGGAGGGGCAAGGAACUUGACAAGGGUCCACCCUCAAAUGAAAUGCUUGACGAUGCCCAGAAAACUGCCAUGAACUUGGUCAAAAAGACAGAUGCUAGUCAACAGAACGUGGUGAAAAACUUGAGACAAAAAUUCCUUAACUUGAGGUGAAUAGCACCAGUAAACUUUAAGUAACUUUUUAUUCUGUUCAUAUUUUUCAUCAACUAAAGGGUUUAAGAGCCUGGUAUGCUGAUCUCAAGUUAGGAUUCGGUGUGCAUGUUGGUCAGUCCUGUACUGCAAUGUAAUGACUUAAGCUUUGCUGUCAAACUUUCUGUGUACAUAGAAGCGGUUAUAGUGACAGCCCAGGGAAAAUGUAGUUGUUUUGUCUCAAAUGUUGCAUAGAAAUGUUUAAAUAUCUAUGUACAAUACUCAAGAGAACCCUCUCUUGAUCCUGAAAUUAUGUCUGUCUAAAGCACCUUUUGUAUAGCUUGUGUUGUUCCAUCAUAAGGCAAUUGUAUUGCAUAAUUGAAGAAAUCAAUUCUUUGGAGGGAGCGAAAUGUACUUUUCUUUCUAGGGUGGCUACCCACUGGGCACAGAUGUCACUUCAACGUCUAGUUUUGAUUUACAUUUGAUUGACUUGUCAACUAACGUAAAUUCAUAGUAAAACCAACAAACGUUUUGACCAUUAUUGGGUUUAGGUUAAAAGUUGGGUGAAAAAAAGACAAAUUACCUAAAUUCCUUUAUGUCAAUGACCAUGUUGAUUCAAUGUCUUUAUAUUGAAUUGUUUUGUUGAAAUGACAUGGAAACAACAUUGAUUCAACCAGUUUGGGCCCAGUGGCUACUGUGUCUCUGAUAUUAAAUGAGAGCCCCUCAGCAUCAUAGCAGCACUACUGUUUACUGGAAAACACAGAAAUAUAUGAUAUUGUCUGAUGACAAUAAUUUUUGGGGGAAAUGCUGACUAGAAAAUUAAGCGAUUGAGUCUGAAACUUGAGAGCAUUACAUAAUUUGCUGUCUUUACGAUCCUUCCUUGAACUCUCACCCUGCACUAGACUUAACCUUCACUGCACAUGGCCUGACCACUAAAAUGCACAUGAGAGAGUCAUGGCCAUACUGGGAUAUAAUGGUUCAUUGAUUGCCCUGUGACCACUUUGUAAAUCCCACCUGAAGUGGUGUUAGCUCAAGGAUUGUCUUGUAAUUUUAUAUAAUCAUUGAAUUGUCAAAUGGAUUGAGAAUCAAAGACCCUGUAUGAAGUGUUGCUCUUUUCUAGUCAGUCAACUUCUUACCUUGAUUAUAUAUAUAUUAUUGUUCAGUUAAUUGGCUAAUGAUGUGCACUUUGUAUGUGUUCUCUGCUUCGGCUGCCCAAAGGAACUUCAUUCACAGCAACAGGUCAUUGAAAUGAGUCGACGUAAAACUUGAAAGAGUGAGAACUAGUGUACACGUAUAGAUCCAGGGGACCCUAGUCAAAGGGGUCUAGGUCUUCUACUGCUAAAAAGUGUUACUGUCACUGCUCACUACUCCAAGGGUCAUUCCUUCUCUUCACUUUCUACAUUUACCUCUUAUUUAUUAAGCCAACGUCAAUUUUAUGAACAUUACUUGUCUUGUCUUUAUAUAUUUUUGAGUGUAUGUAUAUAUAUACAUACACACACUCACAAAUAUAUAUACAUGUGUAUAUAUGUAUGUGUAUGUUGUCUUAUAUGUUGACGGUUGUACAGAAAUGUUUGUGUUGCCUAGAGAUGGCAUACAUUCCAUAUUAAAACAGCACAUAAUGCUCACAUGUCCAGAAAAAAUGUUUAUUGUGUGCGCAUGCGUGCGUUCGAGUCAGGGAGAUCACGUCUUUCUGUCUCUUUUAAAUAAUUGGGGCUGCAUGGCUGGACAAAUAAGGUUUAGUUGAAUCUCCUUUACGGUGUCCAUAUUAGAAUUGGGGCUGCAUGGCUGGACAAAUAAGGUUUAGUUGAAUCUCCUUAACACGGAACCCAAACCGGCUGCACGCGUGCGCCAUCGUGCAUAAAUGUAUUUUGUUCCCCCACACCAAACGCGAUCAUGACACGCAGGUUAAAAUAUCAAAACAAACUCUGAACCAAUUACAUUAAUUUGGGGACAGGUCGAAAAGCAUUAAACAUUUAUGGCAAUUUAGCUAGCUAGCUUGCACUUGCUAGCUAAUUUGUCCUAUUUAGCUAGAUUGCUGUUGCUAGCUAAUAUGUCCUGGGAUAUAAACAUUGAGUUGUUAUUUUACCUGAAAUGCACAAGGUCCUCCGACAAUUAAUCCACACAAACGGUCAAGCGAAUCGUUUCUAGUCAUCUCUCCUCCUAGGCCUUUUCUUCUCUUGACUUUAUAUUGCGAUUGGCAACUUUCAUAAAUUAGGUGCAUUACACUGACCUCGUUCGUCUUUCAGUCACCCACGUGGGUAUAACCAAUGAGGACGUGACACGUGGUGGGUACCUGCUUCUACAAACCAAUGAGGAGAUGGGAGAGGCAGGAAUUGCAGCGCGAUCUGUGUCACAAAUAGAACUGACUUCUAUUUUAGCCCUUGGCAACGCAGAUACCCGUUGACGCAUGCGAGCAGUGUGGGUGCAAUAAUUUAAUAAUAUAGAUUUCUAAAUUUAUUUUGCGAUGCAAGCGGGGUAAUCAGCCUGUUGGUGUCCAUAUUAGGACAGGCUCGCCGUACUCCUUAGAAAAUAAUAAUGACAUUUAGAAUGAUUCAGUCCAUAAAAAGGAUAUGACCACUACAUGUCAUAACGACAACUGACAUUACCUGAAUUAGGAAAGCUGCUGUUUGUGGUAACAAGAGACUGCUAUGAGGUGGUUAUGGUUCAAUGGAUUCUAAACAGACAUGCUUUUUAUAUAAUAAUAUAUGCCAUUUAGCAUAUGCCAAUUUGACUUAUUGUCAUCCGUGCAUACAUUUGACAUAUGGGUGGCCCCGGGAAUCGAACCCACAACCCUGCAAGCGCCAUGCUCUACCAACUGAUCCACACAGGACCACUUAAGGUAGAUUUGAAAUGCACUACAGUCUGCUAAAUGGCUCUCCUACUUGUCAGCAACGUGAUUGGAAACCCUUUCAGAAUGGGUAGGGAGGAGGGAGAGCGUGCCGUGACAAUGGGACCAAUGCAGUUGUUCGCGGUUGUUGAACACCAAUUAACUCGACGGUGAAUGUGGGAAGAUCAUUACGAGUGUCGUAUAUGCGUUUCACAUAAGCCUUAGCUAUUCUCUAUAAUGGAUUUCUAGCUAUUAUAGAACAGAAAAUCCAGCAGAAGUGGAUCCUCUAUCAUUUGUUAUGUUGCAUUGUCUAUUCUGUUUAUAUGUGAGAUUUUCAGGUGUAAGAUUUUCCCUCGUAGCAUUAGUAAACAACAAUGUCAUUUCUGAGAAACUGAUGCUAGUGUCAAGACUGCGUUCACUUCUAAACAAGUAGUGCUUUAUGAUUAUGAUAUGUAAAUAAAUCUGUCAUGUUUUAAAAA